CGCGCUGCGUUUCCCGUGUCGCCGCGCGGCGGAAGGGGCGUGGCGUGCGGCGGAAGCGGCGGGCAGGGCGGGAGGGCGGCAGCCGCUGCCAUGUCGGGCCGCUGCUGCCAGGGCCAGACCCCGAGUCGCGACAUCCCGGGCCCCGGCAAGCGCCUCGCCCUGCCCGACGGCGCCCCGCUGCCGCCCGGCGACUACAGCACCACGCCGGGGGGCACCGUCUUCGGGACCACGCCGGGCGGUACCAGGAUUAUUUAUGACCGUAAAUUCUUGAUGGAGUGCCGCAACUCUCCGGUUGCCAAAACCCCACCUUCCCACCUUCCGGACAUUCCAGGUGUCACCAGCCCAAGUGUGGAGGAGCUGAAGAUGGAGAACAACCACGUCCAAAACUGCGAGGAGAAAGUGAGCGCAGGCGAGGAGGAGCAGUUUGACAUGGACAUCUAAAGCGUGUGCCCUGAGAGUGCUCAUCCAGUGAAGAACCAGGACCUCGUCUUGAGGGUUCCCACCAGCCAGGCCUAAGAUUAAACCGCGCCUUGAGUGCCUUCCUGCGUCCCGGGCAGGCGGCGUGUCCUGCGAGCAGAGCGCGUCCUGUCCUGGGACCGGUGCGGAUCCCGCGCUGCCGAUGACGGGCCUGGGAGUGCCGGAGCGGGCACUCUCAACCAUUGCAUUUGUUUCCAGUUCUAUGCCUUUGUUAAUCAUUUUAAUACUGUAAAAGUUACAGAAAUGCGACAUAAGGGAGAAAUAAAAAUCGUUUUGAGUCUCCUGAUAUGGAGAUCGAUGCAAUAA